AUGAAAUUUUAAAAUCCAAAAGACAUCUUGUCUGUGAUUUUUGUAUAUGCUAUAAUCUUAAGUGAAUAUUAUGUAUUUAUAUUUCAUUAUUCGCCUUAUAGAUAUAACAAUGUAUCAUAUUUAUUAUUAAUAUAGAAUAGUGGAUCCACAAUUUUUAUUGCCAUUGAAUUUACAAUCAUCUAUAUAAUGAUUCAUUGGGCUUAUAUUCAAGCUUAAAUAUAAUCACCUGGUUAUCCCUCAGAAGAUUUGGUAUUCAUAUAUUCCCUUAAUCUUAGGCCAAAAAUUAUCAAGAACAUACAUUAGAAGAAAUUAAGAAUAGAACCAAAAAACAUUCAGAAAUCAUUCAAAAAAAAAGAAAACAAAAACUAAUGAAGAAAUAUGAAUUAGCAAUUGAUGAAGAAGAUGAAUUAUUGUAAAUCCAAUUUAAUAUUAUAUCAUUUAGUGAUAUCAUUUAAGCUAUGUAACUUGAUUCCUAUUGUUUCAAAUGUAAAAAUAUCAAAUAACCAAGAACUCAUCAUUGUAAAGAAUGUAAUAAAUGUAUUCUAAGAAUGGUAUUAUAAAUUAUCAUAAAUAGGAUCAUCAUUGUCCUUGGGUUAAUAAUUGUAUUGGAAUGAAGAAUCAUAGAUUCUUUUGUUAAUUCAUUAUCUAUGCAUUAUUAUGUAUGUCAUAAUGUGUUAUAUUCAUUACUAUUGAACUCUUUGGUGAAACUUAAAUCAAAGGAAAUUCUAAAUUUCUUUGUCAAAUUUGUGCACUAUCUUGUUUACUUCUAUGUAUAUCUAUGGGAACACUACUAUCAUUUCAUUUAUAUCAUAUUGCUAAAAAUGUCACCACUGUAGAAUUUCAUAUUGAAGAAAUGAAAACUGACAAUCCAUUUUAAAAAUCAAAAAUUAUUGAUAAUUUUAAAGAAUUAUUUGGAUCACUUUAUAUUAAUUGGAUUUUACCAUUAACAGAAAAUGAAAGUAAGACUAAAAUUAAAUAUGACUCAUUCGAAUUAUGA